AUGUCAUCGGUCGUCUCACGUUUGUUCACAGUGCUGACUGUUAUACCCGAAGACGAAGCCGAGGAACCACCCCGAUCCGGUACAUGGACACCGCCCGCCGAGCCUGAAUACAAUGCCGAUACGCCGCCUCCCAGCCCUCCUGCGCCAUCGUUUGCUCCUGGUGGAUUGCCCGUAGUCAAGAAGCGCUUCCGUCAGAAGCCGGACCCCUUGCACGUUCAGAUCCCAAGGAGCUACACGCUGCCAACCUCGCUCCGUAACCGUUACUCGAGUGCUGUCGCUUCACGUAUCGAUCGGGCGGAUAACGCCAAGUUUAUCGAGCAGUUUCGCUACACCAUAGUCGCUUCUCAAUUGCUCAGCGGCCACUCUAUACUUGGAGCGCAACAUGCUUUGUCCGGACAUGGACAGCAACAGGUGUCAGGGACAGAUGCCGGUGCUCCUGUCGUUGGACAAGGGCUUGUCUUGACCGUUGCUGGUGCUUUCGCUCUCGCCUGGAUCAUUAGCUGGGUCCGGGCUGGUGGGUUCUCGCACUUGACCAAGCAGAAAUUUGUGGUAGGUCUGGUCGUGCUGCUUCUGUUUGUCCUGGUCGGUCAUUUCUUGAUACGACACAGAUGGCAAAAAUAUCUGCGGGAAAAGACAUUGGCCGAGAUGAAUACGUUCGUUUCCACGUCUCAGCACUUUGACGGUGCCGUCAGCGCCGCGGUUUCUUUGAUCCAGGAGGUAGAGCUCGUGUCCCGGGGCUACAGGAUAAGCGCUCCUCUGCCUCCCGUAAGCCGCAUGGACGAAAAGAGCCAGACCAGAAGGUGCAUGAGGCUGCGAAAGGCACUUAAGGCGUCCUUUGCGCAUUGUAUCCCUGAAUACAAGCAGACCAUGGAAGUGGUCAAGAAAUUCGCCGCCGAAGCCGACCUGGAGAAGUACCACGAUGUCUACGACCUCAGCGACCUCGACAUUGCUGAUGCGCUACAGGGCUUCUCUGUGGAGUCUAUGGAGGAUAUGGAAUCGUUACACAGUUUCAAGGUCGCCGCGGCUCGUCUCCACACGCUGCGGAAGAUGUUUCUGUGUGCUUUACUUGCUCUCGAGGUGACCGGGGACAACUCGGACUUUCUACGAUGGACUACAGUUGUUGAAGGCUUGAGGAACCUGAAUGAGGCCACCAGCGUGUCCUACGUGCGCGUGGCAGAUAUCCUGAAGGAUGAGGAGUGUAAGCCUUACCCGCUCAUGGAAGGCCAAGCUGCAAGGAGCAUACCGCUAAUAAUCUUUACAGCGUUCCCGGUCAUCCCGACACCGAAACUGCCGCUCUCGCCCGGGCGGGAGAGAUGGCGCUCGCAGAUGAGGAAGCUGGAUUCUCUCUCGUCUGGCAUCCGUGGCUUGCAGGCCAAGAUGACGUUAUUGCGGGAGGAGUCAGAUCGUGCUUUAAAUGAGGCCGAAGAUGUUUCGGAGAUUGGCCCAAGUCUCAUGUCUCAGUACGACUCGAUCGGGCAAGAUCUCAAGAUGCUUACUCAGGCCUGGGAGGAGGGGAGGGCCGCCCUGGCUUCCGGCAUCGAUCGGAAUGAGAAGCGGCUGUCAUCAAUAAGUAACCUUCUCCUAUCGCCGACGAUUUCCCUCAGCGGCCUUACCACGGUCGACGAAGGAGGCGUCGCCGAGGCACUCGAAGCCCUCAACGGCGGCGGCUCGCCGUGUCCUAGUCGCAAGAUGAGCUCUCCUGAAGCCGAAGUAUUCGAGGCUAUCGCCAUGCCGCGACCGCGCAGUCUACUUUCAAGAGAGGAGAGGCUGGCCAAGAUGAAGGCCGACCGAGAGAAGAAGGCCGAGUCGAGAAAAAGCUUGGAGAACGGCCGGUUCAUGCUCCGUGAGCUUGAAACAGUGCUCAAUGUCAAAAACGAGCAGAGGAGCGGGGCUCAGCAUCGCAAGUCGGUCUCUCUGGGCCGAACCUCACUCUGA